UAAUCUAUUCAAUCAUCCUUAUAUCCCAUCAAGCAAACAAUAUGAGGCAUGCGGUGAAAAUCUUCAAUGCAACGUUCGUAUGGAUAAUCGUGGAGGACCACGUGAAGCACGAUGUGAAUGUAAUGAUCAAACAGAAAUGUGUGGUUCGGAUGGAAAAACUUAUCGUAACUAUUGUCAUUUAAUGGAAUCAAGUAAACUUGCUAAAAUUGAACAAAAACCAAUUAUUAAAGUAUUUAAACGUAAACCAUGUGAUUCAGCACCUGAAAUAAGUUUACCACCUGUAAGCGUAUCAAAUAAAACAGGAAGUAACGUAUUUUUAACAUGUGAAGUUGCGGGUGUUCCAUUACCUGUUGUUGAAUGGGUAUAUCGAUCACCAACAGGAAAACAAAUUGUUUAUCCAACUGAUGAUGAUCGUAUAUCAACAUUGGUUCGUGGUGGACCAAAUGCGCAUGUUUUAACAUCAUGGCUUCAAAUUCAAUCUUUACAACGAAAUGAUGAAGGUACCUAUACAUGUGUUGCAAGUAAUACAUUAGGCAAAGUUGAAAAAUCAUGUACUGUUACUGUAGAACGUGGUCGUGAAUUUUAA